CUUUCUCUCCUCACUCUUCACCUCUCCCCAGGUCGCCUUCUUAGAGGACUCCGCCGACGGAGAUGCUGCGGACCCCGCGGCCAGGGUCUGCUCCCCGUAGAACCCUCCGUCCACCUUUGCCCCUUCCCCGGGGGCGCGGGACGCAAGUUUCCGCUCCGUCCUUUCCCCAGUGACAGGACUUGGCUGCGGCCACGGCCAGGGAGGCGGGGGGAGGGACUGCCUGGCUCCCGAGCCCCCUCCCCUGAUCGCGAGCUCUGCGCGGUCUGUGUCUCUCUCGGCAAGUGCGGAGACGCGGAGCAGGAGGAGGAGGAGGAGGAGGGAGUUGGGGGAGGAUCUCCAUUGAAAUAAACAACCAGGCAGCAGUUAUUAACACGGGAACAUGGCGGCCGCAGCCUCAGCCACAGCUUCGGCGGCGAAGGUCAGCGCCGACGGCAGCCGGCACCUGACGGCGUGACCGACCCGAGCCGAACCUGCUUGGCAUUUGUUUCCUGUCUUAUGUAUAGAAGGCACAAACUGUAUGAUUUCUCUUGGAUUUGGCUACAAAUUUAUAGAUCUUCUGCACUGUGUACAGGCACAGUUGCUGAUAUGUGUUCAAGAUGAGUGGGAUGGGAGAAAAUACCUCUGACCCAUCCAGGGCAGAGACAAGAAAGCGUAAGGAAUGUCCUGACCAGCUUGGACCCAGCCCCAAGAGGAGCACUGAGAAACGUAAUCGUGAACAGGAAAAUAAAUAUAUUGAAGAACUUGCAGAGCUGAUUUUUGCUAAUUUUAACGAUAUAGACAACUUUAACUUCAAACCUGACAAAUGUGCAAUCUUAAAAGAAACUGUGAAGCAAAUUCGUCAGAUCAAAGAACAAGAGAAAGCAGCAGCCACCAACAUAGAUGAAGUGCAGAAGUCAGACGUGUCAUCUACCGGGCAGGGUGUCAUCGACAAGGAUGCACUAGGGCCUAUGAUGCUUGAGGCCCUUGACGGGUUCUUCUUUGUAGUGAACCUGGAAGGCAACGUUGUGUUUGUUUCAGAGAAUGUGACACAGUACCUAAGGUAUAACCAGGAAGAGCUGAUGAACAAAAGCGUAUAUAGCAUCCUGCAUGUUGGGGACCACACUGAAUUCGUCAAAAACCUGCUGCCAAAGUCCAUAGUGAACGGAGGAGCUUGGUCUGGCGAACCUCCCAGGCGGAACAGCCAUACUUUCAAUUGUCGGAUGCUGGUAAAACCUUUACCUGAUUCAGAAGAGGAAGGUCAUGAAAACCAGGAAGCACAUCAGAAAUAUGAAACUAUGCAGUGCUUUGCUGUCUCUCAACCAAAGUCCAUCAAAGAAGAAGGAGAAGAUUUGCAGUCCUGCUUGAUCUGUGUGGCUAGAAGAGUCCCCAUGAAGGAGAGACCAGUUCUUCCCUCAUCAGAAAGUUUCACUACUCGCCAAGAUCUCCAAGGCAAGAUCACAUCCCUGGACACUAGCACCAUGCGGGCAGCCAUGAAGCCGGGCUGGGAGGACCUGGUGAGGAGGUGCAUCCAGAAGUUCCACGCGCAACACGAAGGGGAGUCUGUGUCUUAUGCUAAGAGGCAUCACCAUGAAGUGCUGAGACAGGGAUUGGCAUUCAGUCAGAUCUAUCGUUUUUCCUUGUCCGACGGCACUCUCGUGGCUGCACAAACGAAGAGCAAGCUCAUCCGUUCUCAGACUACUAACGAACCUCAGCUUGUGAUAUCUUUGCAUAUGCUGCACAGAGAGCAGAAUGUGUGUGUAAUGAAUCCGGAUCUGACUGGACAAGCGAUGGGGAAGCCAUUGAAUCCAAUUAGCUCUGGCAGCCCUGCCCAUCAGGCCAUGUGCAGUGGGAACCCAGGUCAGGACAUGACCCUAAGUAGCAAUAUAAAUUUCCCCAUGAACGGCCCAAAGGAACAAGUGGGCAUGCCCAUGGGCAGGUUUGGUGGUUCCGGGGGAAUGAACCACGUGUCGAGCAUGCAGGCAGCCACUCCUCAGGGUAGUAACUAUGCACUCAAAAUGAACAGCCCCUCACAAAGCAGCCCAGGCCUGAAUCCAGGACAGCCCAGCUCCAUGCUCUCACCGAGGCAUCGCAUGAGCCCUGGGGUGGCCGGAAGCCCUCGAAUCCCCCCCAGUCAGUUUUCCCCUGCAGGAAGCUUGCAUUCGCCCGUGGGAGUUUGCAGCAGCACAGGAAAUAGCCAUAGCUACACCAACAGUUCCCUCAACGCGCUGCAGGCCCUCAGCGAGGGGCACGGGGUCUCGCUGGGGUCGUCACUGGCUUCACCGGACCUCAAAAUGGGCAACUUGCAAAACUCCCCGGUGCAUAUGAAUCCCCCCCCGCUCAGCAAGAUGGGAAGCUUAGACUCCAAAGACUGUUUCGGACUUUACGGGGAGCCCUCAGAAGGUCCAGCCGGGCCAGCAGAGAGCAGCUGCCACCCGGGGCAGCAGAAGGAAGCCAGCGAGGCCGGCCUGCCCCAGGCCGGGAGCGGCGAGAGGCCUGACGGGCAGAGCAGACUGCACGACGGCAAGGGGCAGACCAAACUCCUGCAGCUGCUAACCACCAAGUCCGACCAGAUGGAGCCCUCGCCCUUGCCUGGCGCCCUGUCGGACACCCACAAGGACUCCACAGGCAGCUUGCCUGGCUCUGGGUCGACGCACGGAACCUCGCUCAAGGAGAAGCAUAAGAUUUUGCACAGACUCCUGCAGGACAGCAGUUCCCCCGUGGACUUGGCGAAGCUGACAGCGGAAGCCACGGGCAAAGAGCUGAACCAGGAGGCCAGCAGCACAGCUCCUGGCUCCGAGGUGACUAUUAAGCAGGAGCCAGUGAGCCCCAAGAAGAAAGAGAAUGCACUACUUCGCUACCUGCUCGAUAAAGAUGAUACUAAAGAUAUCGGUUUACCAGAAAUCACCCCCAAACUGGAGCGACUGGACAGUAAGACAGACCCUGCCAGUAACACGAAAUUAAUCACUAUGAAAACUGAAAAGGAGGAGAUGAGCUUUGAGCCCAGUGACCAGCCUGGCAGUGAGCUGGACAACUUGGAGGAGAUUUUGGAUGAUUUGCAGAAUAGUCAGUUACCACAGCUUUUCCCAGACACGAGGCCAGGCGCCCCUGCUGGAUCAGUUGACAAGCAAGCCAUCAUCAAUGACCUCAUGCAACUCACAGCCGAGAGCAGCCCUGUUACACCUGUUGGAGCCCAGAAAACAGCAUUGCGAAUUUCACAGAGCACUUUUAAUAACCCACGACCAGGGCAACUGGGCAGGUUAUUGCCAAACCAGAAUUUACCACUUGACAUCACAUUGCAAAGCCCAACUGGUGCUGGACCUUUCCCACCAAUCAGAAACAAUAGUCCCUACUCAGUGAUACCUCAGCCAGGAAUGAUGGGUAAUCAAGGGAUGAUAGGAAACCAAGGAAAUUUAGGGAACAGUAGCACAGGCAUGAUUGGUAGUAAUGCUGCCCGGCCCACCCUGCCAUCUGGGGAAUGGGCACCUCAGAGUUCUGCUGUGAGAGUCACCUGUGCUGCUACCACCAGUGCCAUGAACCGGCCGAUCCAAGGAGGUAUGAUUCGGAACCCAACAGCCAGCAUCCCCAUGAGACCCAACAGCCAGCCUGGCCAAAGACAGAUGCUUCAGCCUCAGGUCAUGAAUAUAGGGCCAUCUGAAUUAGAGAUGAACAUAGGGGGACCUCAGUAUAGCCAACAACAAGCGCCUCCAAAUCAGACUGCCCCCUGGCCUGAAAGCAUCCUGCCGAUAGAACAGGCACCGUUUGCCAGCCAGAACAGGCAGCCGUUUGGCAACUCUCCAGAUGACUUGCUGUGUCCACACCCUGCAGCAGAGUCUCCAAGUGACGAAGGCGCUCUCCUGGACCAGCUGUACUUGGCCUUGCGGAACUUCGAUGGCCUGGAGGAGAUCGACAGAGCUCUGGGGAUACCCGAGCUGGUCAGCCAGAGCCAAGCGGUGGAUCCAGAGCAGUUCCCAAGUCAGGAUUCCAACAUCCUGCUGGAGCAGAAGGCGCCCGUGUUCCCACAGCAGUAUGCAUCUCAGGCACAAAUGGCCCAAGGCAGCUACACUGCCAUGCAGGACCCAAGCUUCCACACCAUGGGGCAGCGGCCGAGCUACGCCACGCUCCGUGUGCAGCCCAGACCCGGCCUCAGGCCCACGGGCCUGGCGCAGACCCAGCCCAACCAGCUGAGGCUUCAGCUGCAGCAUCGCCUCCAAGCACAGCAGAAUCGCCAGCCACUCAUGAAUCAAAUCAGCAAUGUUUCAAACGUGAACCUGACUCUGAGGCCUGGAGUACCCACACAGGCACCCAUUAAUGCACAGAUGCUGGCCCAGAGACAGAGGGAAAUCCUGAACCAGCAUCUCCGACAGAGGCAAAUGCAUCAGCAACAGCAAGUUCAGCAGCGCACUCUGAUGAUGAGAGGACAGGGGCUGAACAUGACGCCCAGCGUGGCGGCUCCUAGCGGUGUGCCGGCAACUAUGAGCAGCCCCCGGGUCCCCCAGGCAAAUGCACAGCAGUUUCCCUUCCCUCCGAACUACGGAAUAAGUCAGCAGCCUGAUCCAGGCUUUGCUGGGGCCACCGCGCCCCAAAGCCCUCUGAUGUCGCCCCGGCUGGCGCACACGCAGAGCCCCAUGCUGCAGCAGUCCCAGGCGAACCCAGCCUACCAGGCCUCCUCGGACAUGAACGGGUGGGCGCAGGGGAGCAUGGGUGCAAACAGCAUGUUUUCGCAGCAGUCCCCUCCACACUUCGGACAGCAAGCAAACACCAGCAUGUACAAUAACAAUAUGAACAUCAGUGUAUCCAUGGCGACCAACACAGGUGGGAUGGGCAACAUGAACCAGAUGACCGGACAGAUCAGCAUGACCUCAGUGACCUCCGUGCCUACGUCGGGGCUGUCCUCCAUGGGUCCCGAGCAGGUUAAUGAUCCUGCUCUCAGAGGAGGCAGCCUUUUCCCAAGCCAGCUGCCUGGAAUGGAUAUGAUUAAGCAGGAGGGAGACGCACCACGGAAAUACUGCUGACACUGAAGGUAGCUGGUUGCUUCUUUCUUCAGCUGACUGGGCUCACUUGCUCCAGAUGCCUACCAGUCUGGAGAGCUGCGUCUAUUUGUUUUGACCCAACCGACCUGCCAUCCAGUCCCGCCAGAGCAAGAUGGGCAGACGGGCCUGGGCCCCGCUCCCCCGGUGGAGUCCCCUCGGCUGCUGCAGGAGGAGCUGCCUCUUGUGUUGACAGACGGCCUGCAGCUCGCGUCCGGACAAUUGUCAGUCUGUUCACUGCAUUCACCUUAGUGCAACUUAGAUCUCUCCUGCAAAGUAAAUGUUGACAGGCAGACUUCAUACCCGUGUCAGAUUGAAUGUAUCUAAAUGUAUGUAUUUAAGGAAAACACCCAUGCUCUUGUUCUGCUCCUGUUCUGUUCCUGUCUGGUUCCAGACACUGGUUUCUUGCUUUGUUUUCCCUGGCUAACCAGUCCAGUCCAAAAGAGUAAAAGAUUUCUUCUGGGGGAAAGAAAAGAAUUACAGAUGUUUUAAGCUAAGCCUUCAUUUGGGAUAAAAGCAGGGGAGACACCAUGGACCGCGCCCUAUGUACAGAGACACCCAAGAAGUGAAGACCAAGAAAUCGUAGUUGUAUCUUUGUAGAAAGCUCUCAAGACCAUGUUGGAAAGCGUUUCCAGUUACUGAACAGAUGAAAAGGAGCCUGUGGGAGGGCUGUUAACAGUAACAAGUACUUUUUCUUCUUCUUUUUUUUUUUUUUCUUUCUGAUUCAAACCAAACUAGUUCACCCAAAUCGUGACUCAGAAGAAAUAGUUUUCAUUUCCAAAUUCGCUUAGAUCGAGCAGACAGCCUGAAUCAGCACCUCCUCUUGCAUCUGACCCUGCCUCUUCCCUUCCCCUCUGCCUUCCCCAGUUCUCCCCACUCUCAUGCUUUUUUUUUUUUUUUUUUUAAAUAAAAGCAACAGAAACCAGGUAAGCCCUUUAUUAUUUCCUUACGUGUUUUACCAGCCACUUACCAACUGCUAACUCUUAAAUUUCAGAAAAAGGCAUUUACUGGCAAGGAGAGGAGCAAAGUUAGGACUUGAUACCCAUCUGACUUUGGACACCUGCUUUGAAAGCAUAUUCAUUCUCUUCCCCAGCAACACUGGUCCACCAAACGGGAGAAAAUAAUAGUGUGCUUAAAAUUGACAGCAGGCAUCAGGACAGAUUGCACCUCCACCAUGUGUUUUUUAUUUUGUUUUUUAGCAGUGCUGACUAAGCCGAAGUUUUGUAAGGUACAUAAAAUCCAAUUUAUAUGUAAACAAGCAAUAAUUUAAGUUGAGAACUUAAGUGUUUUAAUUGUAUAAUUUUUGUGAGGUAUACAUAUUGUGGAAUUGACUCCAAAAUGAGGUACUUCAGUAUUAAAAUUAGAUAUCUUCAUAGCAAUGUCUCCUAAAGGUGUUUUGUAAAGGCUGUCACGGCCUCGAUUAGACCUAAUUUGUAGACUUAAGACUUUUUAUUUUCUAAACCUUGUGAUUCUGCUCAUAAGUCAUUUAUCUAAUCUAUAUGAUAUGCAGCCGCUGUAGAAGCCGAUUCUUGAUUUUUAUAUGUUUAUAUUCUUUCUUAACGAACCUUAGGAAGACUACGUGUUACUAAGCAGGCCACUU